CUGCGCUUCGUAGUCCGGGCUUGAGUGCCUUUAAUGAUGGAGUACAGUCAUUAGCAACGGAUCGAAUGGCUGAUUAAGACUCAUCUUCAUUACGGUUUACAUGGAACAAAUAUUGUAAAACAUCAUUUGUCGAUUGUUUAGUGCCAUGUAGUGUAGUAAAGUAAUAAUAGUUCAGUUUGAUAAUAUAAUUUUUUUCACUCCAUACGUGAGGGAGUCCGAAUUUCUAUUCCUUGAAAUGUCACGGUGUUUUUUUCCGCUUGGAUGUCUUGAAUAUGCAAACAAUGCCAUUGAUUAGAAUGACUGUACGCCAGGAAGUUGUUUUACUCCGAUCGUAGUGUUCAGCAUAAGGGCAGUUUAACGGAACUUGUCAUCACACGAUGUGCUUGGAGUAACUUGGAGACAGAACGGUAACUAUGCGAAUUAUCAACCAGUCUGAUCAACCGGUCUACGGCAUGCUGUAAAUAACGGAUCAUUGUAUCUACUGUUCAUAAAACAUCUGUGCUGACUGAAUUUUUCGACAGACUUUUCAAACAUAUUUGAUGUCUAUUGCAUUUGGCAGAUUUCAACAAAACAGAUUAAAUCUGAAUUAUCAUUGGAAGCGCUUUUCAAAUGAGGAAAUAAGAUAUUUAAGAACAUUGUCUCCCUGCCAUAUUGACCUCUUUUUGACUUACGGGACUAGAAGAUGACGGAUUUUGAAGUGAAUCAGUAGAAAUAACAAAAUCGUAAUAAAUGGAAAACGGAAGUAAAGCCAACGAUUCAGACGGGUCCAGAUUGUCUGAUGUCCAACUGGUCGACCUCAUUUAUCCGCCAGUCCUUAUCGUGACUGGAGUCACGUUCAAUAUCCUAAUUAUUGUUGUCAUGCGCACUCGGUUCUUCAACGAACAGUCCACUUCCGUUUUUAUGACUAUGGGAGCUGCCAAUGAUACCCUGAGCCUUUUGGUUUCCAUGCUAACACACUGGUUAUACGUCGCAUUUCCGGGAGUCUACAACAAGGAGAAGGCUGGAUGGAUUUGUAAAUUUCUAGAUUUUUAUGGAUGGGGAAAUUGUGACUUGGGAAUUUUGAUCACUACAUCUAUGACAAUAGAUCGCGCAUUCGCGAUCAGCUUUCCAUUACGAAUGGCAAGCGGGAACAACAUCAAACGCGCCAAAAUAACCGUGGUUUGUAUGACGCUGAUUGUUGUAGCUAAAGAGUUCCACUUUCUUAUUGGUUCUGAAAUGGUCGACCCGGAUCAAACGGAACGUCUGUGUAAUGUUUUUACAACCACAGCAGCUUACACGUAUUUCUGGGAGAUUGUCUGGCCGUGGCUCCAUUUCUCAUUUCUGUUGGUUUGUUUUGCUAUAAUGAGCAUAAGUAAUGGUAUACUCAUAUAUUUUGUGUGGAAAUCAUCUAAGAAUUUAAAGACAAGUGAUUCAAAAAUUGCAAAAAGGCUAGGAGCGUCACCACGUGCAUCAAUUUGGCCACAUCAAAAGGUUGAUCAAAAAUGGCGAACUAUUACGCCUAUGUUAAUAGGAGAGUCGUGCGCGUUGUUACUUUUGACAUUUCCGUUUACAGUCCAAACGUUCUUUUCCGAGUACAGCCCUACUUUCUAUCAUAAAAUCCAGCCGAAACUGUUGUUUUCUGUGACGUUUUACAUGCUGUAUACAAACAAAUGUAUAACAUUUAUAAUAUAUUUAGUUACCGGGUCAAGAUUCCGACAAGCUCUUAAAGAAUCUGCUAUUAUUUGUUUUAAAGGGAAAAAUGCUCUUCGGAGAAAAAGAUUUCGAGAACACUUUGUCAAUAAUGUGAAUAUCGGUAAAUCUGUAUCUGAAGGGAAACCCGAUUCAAGUCCAUCGAAUAAAUCAUCAGUUCAAAUUAAACGUGCAGAACAAUUAAAUGAUGAUACCAAUGUCAUCAAUACAUACCUUUAAGCUUUUGUGUAAACAUUAAUUUAAAUAUUCACAUUUCCGGUAUGUAUUUUCUGUUUGGCUACGCGAAUGAAAUUGAUGUUUACACUUUGGUAAACUUACGUCUGGCGUGUAGGAAUACAUUGUUGACAUUGAGUGAGGUCGGAGUCCCGAUUCGGUACACACACGCUUUUUCUGAAUUUUCCCAUUUUUUGAAUUUGUUGUUAUUAUUUUUUUUUCAUUUAUAAACUAUGAUGCGCAUCAAAACAAUAUGUGAAUUGGAUAUGAAAAUGUUUAAAAUAUCUCGCGGAAAUGAA